AGGAAACCCUAGCUAGAACCUUCAGUUUUUUUUCCUGAACGAAUCAAACCGGCGACGGACAUAGGCGACCGAUCGGAAACCUAAGUUAGCUAUGGCACUCUCGGAGGAAGAGUGCUCCGCAGCGAAGGCGUCUUCUUCAUCUUCAUCGUCUGCAACCCCACCAGCAGCAGCAGCGGCGGCGGCUCACGGUGCUCACUAUCUGGCCAAGUGUGUGCUCAAAGGAAGUGUAGUUCUCCAGGUCGCUUAUGGCCACCUCCGCUCUUCUUCUUCCCUUGACAUCGUUUUCGGCAAGGAGUCGUCCAUAGAGUUGGUAAUUAUUGAUGGAGAUGGGAUUUUACAAUCCGUCUGUGAGCAGGCUGUAUUUGGUAUAAUAAAGGAUCUUGCUAUUCUGCCUUGGAAUGAGGAGCUCUAUAUGUGCCAUUCACAGAUGCAGGGCAAGGACCUAUUGGUUGUUAUUUCUGAUUCUGGGAAGCUUUCAUUACUGUCAUUUUGCAAUGAAAUGCACAGGUUUUUUCCAGUGGCACAUGUUGAACUUUCCAAUCCUGGAAAUUCAUUGCAGCAACUUGGCAGAAUGCUUGCUGUUGAUUCCAGUGGCCGUUUCAUAGCUACUUCUGCCUAUGAAGAUCAGUUGGUGCUAUUCUCUAUUUCACUCUCUGCUGGCAGUCAUAUUGUUGAUAAGAGAAUUUAUUAUCCUCCUAAAAAUGAAGAGAAUACAAGUUCCACUGGAAGCAUUCAAAGAACUGGGCUAUGUGGUACCAUAUGGAGCAUGUGUUUUAUUUCAAAUCAUUCUAGUGGACAAAGUAAUGAGUAUAAUCCUAUAUUAGCCAUGGUUUUUAAGAGGAGAGGAGCUCUUCUGAAUGAACUGCUGCUACUAGAAUGGAGUAUUACAGAGCAGACUGUUGAUGUCAUUUCUGAGUAUCGUGAAGGUGGAGCACUAGCGCAUAGUGUUGUUGAAGUUCCUCAUUCUUGUGGAUUUGUAUUUCUGUUCAGGGUUGGUGAUGUUCUCUUGAUGGAUCUAAGAGAUGUGCAGAGCCCUUGUUGUGUCUAUAGAACAACCUUAAACAUUUUAACCCCAGCUCUAGAGCAACAGAAUUUUGUUGAAGAGUCAUGCAGAGCACAUGAUGUUGAUGAUGAAGGUUUAUUUAAUGUUGCUGCAUGUGCUUUACUUCAAUUGAGUGAUUAUGAUCCCAUGUGUAUAGAUGGUGACAAUGGCAAUGGGAAAUCAACAAUGAAAUAUGUAUGCUCAUGGAGUUGGGAACCAAAAAGUGAUAAAAAUUCAAGGAUGAUUCUUUGUCUUGAUACUGGAGAACUUUUCAUGAUAGAGGUUUCUUUUGAUUCUGAUGGCCUAAAAGUCUCUUCAUCUGAUUGUCUAUAUAAAGCCCAACCUUGUAAGUCACUUUUGUGGGUAGAAGGAGGCUUUCUGGCUGCACUUAUAGAAAUGGGGGAUGGUUUGAUCCUGAAAGUGGAAAAUGAGAGACUACAAUAUGCGAGUCCUAUCCAAAAUAUAGCACCAAUCUUGGACAUGUCAAUUGUGGAUUACCAUGAUGAGAAACGUGAUCAAAUGUUUGCCUGUUCUGGGGUGGCACCAGAGGGGUCCUUAAGAAUUAUACGGAGUGGUAUUAGUGUAGAAAAACUGGUGAAGACUGCUCCUAUCUAUCAAGGUAUAACUGGGACUUGGACUGUUCGAAUGAAAGUAACCGAUUCAUACCACUCUUUUCUUGUACUGUCGUUUGUUGAAGAGACUAGAAUACUUUCUGUUGGAUUAAGUUUUACUGAUGUGACUGAUUCGGUUGGUUUCCAACCAGAUGUCUGUACUCUGGCAUGUGGCCUUGUGGGGGAUGGUCAGCUGGUUCAAAUUCACCAAAAUGCGAUUAGGCUCUGUUUGCCUACUAAGGUUGCUCAUCCUGAGGGUGUUCCUUUAUCUUCUCCAGUUUGCACAUCUUGGUCCCCACAAAAUAUGAGUAUCAGUUUGGGGGCAGUUGGACAUAAUAUGAUAGCUGUCUCUACAUCUAGUCCAUGUUUUCUCUUUAUACUUGGAGUCAGAUCGUUAUCAGCCUAUCAAUAUGAAAUAUAUGAAAUGCUGAAGGUCAAACGCCCGUGUGAGUUGUCAUGCAUUUCAAUACCUCAGAAGCAUUUUGAGCAAAGGGGAUCCAGUUCCCCCCUAAAUCUGGUAGACAAUAGCCGCAAAAUUAUCCGUCCUAUUGGGGUGAAUGUAGAUGAUACCUUUGUUAUUGGCACACAUAUGCCUUCAGUGGAAAUUCUAUCAUUCACACCUCCUAAAAGCCUAAGGGUUAUAGCUUUUGGGAAAAUUUCAUUAACAAGUACCAUGGGAACUGCUAUCAGUGGUUGCAUCCCUCAAGAUGUAAGGCUAGUAUUAGUUGAUCAGUUCUAUGUUCUUUCAGGAUUGAGGAAUGGGAUGCUUCUCCGGUUUGAGUUGCCUCCUGCCUCGACUAUUAAUUCAUCUGACGAACCCUGUCAACAUCCCAGUAGACCACUUUCUAGAGAUGCUGAUGGGGUGGCAUUGAAUAUAUCUGCUACAAAUUUGUCUCAUUCAGCGAUGUGUGCAGUUAAUUGUUCUGAAAAAGUUGACCUUCCAAUUACACUUCAGUUGAUUGCCACUCGUAGAAUUGGCAUUACUCCUGUUUUCUUGGUUCCUCUUAGUGAGUCACUUGAUGCAGACAUUAUUACCCUCAGUGAUAGGCCGUGGCUGUUGCAAACAGCAAGACACAGUCUCUCUUAUACUUCUAUCUCAUUUCAACCUUCAACACAUGCAACCCCUGUAUGUUCUGUUGAAUGCCCUAAAGGAAUUUUAUUUGUUUCAGAAAACAGUCUACAUUUGGUGGAGAUGGUGCACACUAAGAGGCUUAACGUGCAGAAGUUUCAUCUUGGAGGCACUCCUCGGAAGGUCCUUUAUCACAGUGAAAGCAAGCUACUGGUUGUGAUGAGGACUGAUUUAAGUGAUAGUUCUUGUUCUUCUGAUAUUUGUUGUGUAGAUCCUGUUAGUGGGUCAGUGGUGUCCUCUUUUAAACUAGAACUUGGAGAAACAGGAAAAUCCAUGGAGUUGGUUAGGGUUGGAAAUGACAAGGUUCUGGUGAUUGGAACCAGUCUUUCUUCUGGUCCAGCUAUAAUGCCCAGUGGCGAAGCAGAAAGCACCAAAGGCCGUCUCAUUGUCCUCUGCAUUGCGCAAAUUCAAAACUCAGAUAGCGGAUCAAUGACAUUCUGUUCCAGGGCAGGAUCAUCAUCUCAACGAACCUCACCAUUCCGUGAAAUUGUUGGGCAUGCCAUGGAACAUCUAUCAAGCAGUAGCAUCUGCAGUAGCCCAGAUGACAAUAGUUGUGACGGAAUCAAACUUGAGGAGACUGAAGCAUGGCAGUUGCGGCUGGCUUACACAAAUCAAUGGCCUGGAAUGGUGCUUGCAAUCUGUCCAUAUCUAGAUCGUUUCUUCUUAGCAUCUGCUGGUAAUGCUUUUUUUGUUUGUGGUUUUCUAAAUGAUAAUCCCCAAAGGGUGAGAAAGUUUGCUGGCAGCAGGACACGUUUCAUGAUUACAUCAUUGACUGCACUCGUUACCAGAAUUGCUGUCAGUGAUUGCCGUGAUGGCAUCCUUUUUUAUUCAUACCAUGAGGAAACCAAGAAACUGGAUCAAAUAUUCUGUGACCCAUCACAAAGGUUGGUUGCUGACUGUAUUCUAAUGGAUGUUGAUACUGCUAUUGUUUCAGAUCGCAAAGGAAGCAUUGCUGUGUUGUCUUGUUCAGACCGUUCAGAAGAUAAUGAAAGUCCAGAAUGCAACUUAACAUUGAGUUGUGCAUAUUAUAUGGGUGAGAUUGCCAUGAGGAUCAAGAAGGGUUCAUUUAUUUUCAAACUCUCAGCUGAAGAUGUGUUGAAGGGCUGUGAUGGCCAUAAUGUGAAUAUUGACUCUUCAAAUACUACUAUAAUUGCUAGCACACUCCUGGGAAGUGUAAUGAUAUUUGUUCCCUUAACAAGGGAAGAACAUGAACUCUUGGAAGCUGUCCAGGCAAGACUUGCUGUCCAUCCCCUAACUGCUCCAAUACUAGGCAAUGAUCAUAAUGAGUUCCGUGGGCGUGAAAAUCCAGCUGGGGUACCAAAGAUGCUUGAUGGUGACAUGCUAGCUCAGUUUCUAGAGCUUACAAGCAUACAACAAGAGGAAAUAUUGUCAUUCCCUGUUGACUCACCCAAUACACAUAAGUUGAGGUCAAAGCAAUUUCCAUCACCUACCCCUGUCAACCAAGUGGUACAACUCCUUGAGCGGCUACAUUAUGCCUUAAGUUAAAUCUUACCCCAUCCAAACUUCUGUCUUGUGAGGCAACAAACCGGGUAUGGGACUGGACAAAUUCCUCAGGUGGUGAUUUCACUGGAACUGAAUUGUUAACCCAAGUCCCUCCCUCAAGAUCAGUUGUUGUCGUUGAUAUAAAGAUAUAGUCAAAAGAUGACAACUGUCAAUACCUUUAACAAUCAAAGUAGCCUUCCACAAAUUCAGAUUCAUUUACAGAGGCAACAUCUGCAGAUCUAAUAAGUACAGGACGAAAUAGGGUGGGGCUGUCAUCCUUUUCAAUGUAAAUUUUUUUCUUGUACAAUAGUGACACACUCAAUGUUCGACUAUGAAGUUAUAUGUGUUGUAAUGAGAGGGCCCUUUUUUUAAACUGCCCCUUUAUGCUUUCCCCUUUGUGGGUGGCCUAGUAAGCUAUGUUACUUUUGUGCAUGAAAGCGGUAAUCAAUCUUGAAUCUCUGU